CCGCACUCCAUUUUCAAACCCUACUCCCUCUCCCUCCUUCACUCUUCACUACACAAAAAUUUACUCCAUUUUUUCUUCUUUUUCACUCUGGUUUUUUUUUUUUAAAAAAUAGAAAAAAACUCAAAAAACACAGGAAACUUGCAGGGAAGAGGCCGAACGGAGAUGGAUCGGUACCAAAGAGUGGAGAAGCCGAGGCCAGAAACGCCGAUUAACGAGAAUGAGAUUCGUAUUACUACGCAGGGCAGAAUGAGGAACUAUAUCACUUAUGCCACUACUCUCCUUCAGGAGAAAGGAUCAAAUGAAAUUGCUCUGAAAGCAAUGGGCAGGGCGAUAAACAAGACUGUGAUGAUUGCUGAAUUGAUUAAGAGAAGGAUUGCUGGACUUCAUCAGAACACUUCAAUUGGUUCUACUGACAUAACAGACAUGUGGGAGCCGCUCGAAGAGGGUCUUCUUCCGCUGGAAACUACUCGCCAUGUUUCAGUGAUAACCAUCACUUUGUCGAAGAAGGAACUGGAUACAUCCUCCACAGGUUACCAACCACCUAUUCCUGCUGAUCAAGUGAAACCAUGGAAUGAACAUGAUUAUGAUGGAGCUAUAGAGGGCUCUCCUUAUAAUCGGGGACGAGGACGCCGUGGUCGAGGAAGAGGAAGAGGGGCUAACAUGAAUAAUGAAGCAGUGGACUACAAUGGAGAUGUCAACUGGGACAAUGGGCGCAGUUAUGGUAGCAGGGGAAGAGGUCGUGGAAGAGGCAGUAGAUUUCGUGGGCGUGGAGGAAGACGUUUCGGUGGUAGAAAUAUGUCCCAAGAAAUUGGCUUUUAUAAUGACUAUGGUGGAGGAGUUGCUCAAGGCCGUGCCGCUCUUGAUUCUGCUGUGAUUGAAUGCAACAGAUUCUUGCUUUCCAAGCAAUUUGCUAUUGCGGAAUGCGCGGACGAGGAAGAGGCAGGGGGAGGGGCCGUGGGCGGGGACGUGGUCGGGGAUUCAGAUCAAAUGGUCCAGUCCAGGCUGUUUCCUGAUCCCUAGACUUGGAGGUGUUGGAAGAUCUCGUUUAGUUAACAGAGUAAUGGAUGCCUGCUCUGCUGAUAAUUUAUUCUUAGGUAGAGAAGGAAGGGGAAGAAAUGAAGGGCAAACAGGCAUUAUAUUUCUAAUGAUUAUAGGCACCUCUUCGUAGUUUGAGCUAGUGCUUGCUUGUGUUCAGUGGCCUUUUUUCUCUUUUAGUCUGAAGAUAGGGAGUAAUUUUUCUAUUAUGGCUGACAAUGAGUUAAGUGUACACGUUUCUUCUUGUAGGAAAAUAAUAGAGCAGUACAUUCUUUCAGUUUAAUCUCUGAUGCUGUAUGACAGUUCUGUACAGAUUUGCUUUCUCAGGAUUUAUCAGUUAAUUACACAAUCCUGCGUGGGCUUCUUUUCUCUUUCGAGAUAUAUGGCAUGACAUGAUAUUACUGAAAUG